CCGAUCGCCGUUCGAACAGCGAUUACGGCCGGCGCGGCCGCGCCAGCCGGCGGCCGGCCCGACGGACCGGUAAACCGGGAACGCGGAUUCCACGGGCGUCGGUCCUCGAUGCCAUCCGCCGUUGUCUGUCUUGUUAAUUUUGCCGAAAAUAACGCAAAGUUUACUCACUUUCAACUACGUCCGCCAUGUUGACAUCAGUGAUGCAUCAUGGAAGUAACGAGCACGAAGACUCUCAACCGAAAAUUUGGUACUAUCAAGAUCGAUAUCAAGAAAAACCAGAAAAGGAGGUUGAGUUAGGAAUGGAUAACAAUAUUUCAUACAAUAGAAUUUAUACCAUGCCAGAUCUUUCUCUAGUUAUAAAAAGCUUUACGGAACUUGAUACUGGUAUCUAUCGCUGUCAUGGCAAGGAAGGACAAGAAAAAGAAAAUAAAUUUAAUUACAGGAUUGAACCAAUUCUCAAAGAUAUUGGUGGCGAGUUUGUAGAAAAGGGAACUAUAACUGAAUGGGAAAAAUAUCACGAAAUUUAUUUAUGGCCUGUCACUACAAGAUUUGCAGUCUCAAAAAUGAUGGAUUUAGCAGAUAUUCGUGAAGAGGGAGUAAUUCUUCAGGUAAUUUCUGAAUGGGGUCCUUGGAGUUCAUGCAAAGAGUGUGUAAAUAACCGCGGCAUUAAAAGUAGCAGAGGCUACUGCAGGUUAAAACGCAGCAUAAAUUCGACAGCGAUAGAAAAAAACGAUUCAAUCGUUAUUAAUUUUUUUCGACGAUCUCCGAUGCUUCCUUGCAAAUCCAUCCUACUUCAAAAUAAAUUUCCUACUAUCAGCCGUGUUAUACGAUAUUUGCCGGAAUUUAUUUUAACAGAAUCUUGCAAGAAAUGUCCACGCGUAAAAAAAAGAAGAAAGGGCGAAAAGUUUCGCUAUGCUAAACGAUAUGUUCUCGCCGAAAGCGCACAUCUUGCCAUAUCUUGUCCAGAAUCAAGCACAGCAUCGCAAGUAAUUUGGAAAAAGGAUACGCUCACUUUGAGAAAAGGAACAGGUCAAUCAUUUCGCAAAAAAGAUAAAAAAGCUCGAAUAAUGGUAGAUGUUUUUUCAACACUUUAUUUAACAGACGUAUCUAAAGAGGAACAAGGUAACUAUACUUGUUACGUGGAUAACAUUAAUAUGAUGCGGCUGAAGAUUAUUGUGGUAUCUAAGACUCGGCUUUUGACGCAAGCUUUUGUUCGGCAUUUGGGUUAUUUAGGAUUCAUAAUCUUUUUAACUUCACUCUGCUAUUGUGUGGGUAUAAUAAUAACCUGCCGGCAUAGAACUAAAUUUCACUUUUUGCCGCAAGAUGAUCCAGAAGAAGAAAAACUUCUUGAUUAAUUUCUUCUUAAUUUGAGUAUUGUGUGAUAGAUUUAUCGGUUAUCGAUCGAGAAUGCUUCACGAGGCCUCGUAGCUAUCUCCUUCGUAU